GUUAACAAGAUGGAGAGGAUUUUAAUUUUUCUGGUGGUGGGGUUCUGGGGAAGCACUCUCUGACCUCUUCUCGACUCUUCCACUCAUUUGGGGAACUCUCCCAACCCAUCCUUCUCUUCCCUUCCUCAUACAACAGAGAAGGCCGACAGGGAGUCAAAGCCGCACGAGCGAGUAAACCCAAAUCACCAAACUAUCAUCACCGUAAUUCCCAUCUCGUCAUGAACUUCUUCCUUGUCCCUAUUUUUGAAAAAUGAAAUUGUGAUGACGAAUCGAGAAGCUCCAACGAGGCCCAACUUUUCCGGCGAGUUUCUACCAUUUUCCAGCGAAGCAUGUGUGUUUUGGUUGAGGAAUGGAGAACAGGAUGUCCAGGUGUUGCAAAUAGAAGCAACAUCCUUGUCUGUUCGAUUGACUCUUGUGCAGCGAGAUACAAAUGGGCGAACUGGAACAAUGAUUGAAGUUGUGCUUGCAAACAAAGGAACAACGAGGUCAUUUGCAAGAUGGGCUAUUUUCGGUUGAUGAGAUUGUAAAAGGGAUACUAAAGUCAAUUUCCCUUAAUCUUUUCAAGCAGCCAUGGCUGGUGAGACAGUCGUUGAUGAUCAACACCGACGCACUUUGAAGGCGUUGGAGCGGAGGUUUGAGGCUGCCCAAGCUGAGCUCGAUAUACAUAAAAAAAAGACUGUAAAGAGAUCAAAAACCGAGGAAGCUGGAAAGAAAUUGCACAUCUCAAGUUCUUUGGCUGUUGAUUCUUCACCAAAUUUAGCAAAUACAUCAGCCUCAAGUUCAACUCCAUCUAAGAAAGGAGCUUUCACUUUUUCGGGUUAUAUUAAUUCACAAGAUAUCGAUGAAAGUGGUCCAACAUAUGCAAAACUAGCUCAAUCUGUUGAUGAGAAUCUGCUGAAAACUAGUGUUGAGGUCUCUGGCGGUAGACAGGAGAGUAAAGUUGAUAAGGUUUUGCACAAGCUUCUUCAGAGUGGAGACUCAGCUCAGAAGUACAUGCAAGGAUCCAGAAGCAAGAGAAUUGACAAUUGGAUCCUCCUCGAUAACUACGUGCAAGGAUGUGGUGUUUUGACUGGCUCUCGUGCCAGGGCACUGCUGAUUCAUUCCAUGCGUUCUAAAAAGAACAUGUCAAUGAAACAGCAAAAAAAGAAGGGAUUGUUUGAUUUUCCUAAAGAUUUUCACAGCUUUGAUGAAUUUAAGUCGAUGCAUGAGAUGUGGAAAGGCUAUAUUAUGCAACUCUUAAAAUCUACUGGGAAAAAUCAGCUGGCUCAGUUUCUUCUUAGUGCAGAUCUACACGGUGCUAUUAUUUCAGUUGCCGAGUGUAAAGUAACUUCAGACACUGGAGUGAGUGGUAUCAUGAUUCGUGAAACAGCAGAAACAUUUGGGAUAAUUACACAGGAUGAUAAAUUCAGAGUGGUGCCCAAAAUGUUUUCUGUUUUUAUAUUUCAAGUUGAUUGCUGGAAGAUUACCUUGCAUGGGGAUAAACUCACUUCAAGAAACUUGGGCUUGUAAUUGUUUCAGUUCCUCGAGACUGGUUGCUUCAGAGUUAAGACGGUUGUAGCCAUGUUUCGAGAACACUAUUUUCAGUCUAAUUAUGAGUAUGAACAAGCCCAAUUGUUUGAAGUUGCAAUGAAUCAGAUUCAGGGACCAAACGAUAUCCCCUUAUUUCAUCAAGACAUGGUUGAUCCCUUGGGUGGCUGGUUGGUUUGAGUCAUUUGACAACGUUGGUUGGCGGAUGAGCAGCUGAGACUGCCUUGGCAUUGAACAUUCGAGACUAGUACUGGUCACAACAGCAAUGAGCAAUCAUUGCCUCCCAUUUUUUAUGCCAUGGAUGUUUUAUCUUCGUUGUAUGACACUCGUAAAUUCGGAGAUCAUGAAAGAUGCAGUGUUAUAAAUCUGACUUUGCUUGUGGAAA